CCUCCCACCUACCUCGCUGCAGAGAGCUCUCUCUCCCGAGGUCUCUUCUUAUCAAAGAUCAAUUGCUCUACACAACCGAGUAUAUUGUAUCGCCCCCGACAGCUUCAUUCAUCUUAUACUUCUGACGAAGACGACUAACCAUCAUGUCUGCCCCACAGAUACCCUUCAGAACGAGAGAGAUGGGUGACUCUCAGCCGAGAGACGUCGCUAACCACGUCCUCUUUGAGGUCGCAACUGAGGUUGCCAAUCGAGUGGGUGGCAUCUACUCGGUCUUGAAGUCCAAGGCCCAGGUCACGACUGCUGAGUAUGGCUCUGCCUAUACGUUGCUAGGGCCGUGGAACCGGUCGUCGGCACAAGUCGAGGUCGAAGAGCUCGAACCGAAAGACCCCGCCCUGGUCAAGACGAUCCAGUCUAUGAACGAGCGAGGCAUCCAGACAUUAUAUGGUCGUUGGCUGAUUGACGGUGCUCCUAGAGUGCUUUUGUUCGAUACUGGCACUGGGUAUAGCUAUCUGGAUGAAUGGAAGGGCGAUCUGUGGAAUGUCGCUGGUAUCCCAUCCCCGCCGAAUGACGCCGAGACCAACGAGACGAUUGUGUUUGGGUACCUGAUAGCUUGGUUCCUGGGAGAGUACGUCUACCAUGAGAAGCGCAGAGCUGUUAUUGCCCAGUUUCACGAAUGGCUUGCUGGUGUCGCCAUUCCUCUCUGCAAGAAACGUCGUAUCGAUGUCACCACCAUCUUCACUACUCACGCCACCCUCCUCGGACGUUACCUCUGCGCCGGUUCUGUCGACUUCUACAACAAUCUUCAAUACUUUGACGUUGAUGCGGAAGCUGGCAAACGCGGCAUCUACCACAGGUACUGCAUCGAGCGGGCCGCCACCCACUCUGCGGACGUCUUCACUACCGUUUCUCACAUAACAGCCUACGAGAGCGAGCAUCUACUGAAACGGAAGCCUGAUGGCGUGCUUCCCAAUGGACUGAAUGUCAAGAAGUUCUCCGCCACUCACGAGUUCCAAAACUUGCACGAGCAGGCCAAGCAAAAGAUUGGUGACUUCGUGCGCGGGCAUUUCUACGGUCACAACGACUUUGAUCCGGAAAACACCCUGUACUUCUUCACUGCUGGCCGAUAUGAAUACCGUAAUAAGGGUGUGGACAUGUUCAUUGAAUCAUUGGCACGACUGAACCACCAGAUGAAGAGCGCCGGAUCCAACAUGACUGUGGUCGCCUUCAUCAUCAUGCCUGCCCAGACGCAGUCUCUUACUGUAGAAGCGCUAAAGGGUCAGGCAGUCAUCAAGUCACUCCGUGACACUAUUAAGAUCAUCGAGGAGAAUGUCGGCAAGCGGCUGUUUGAGCGCGCACUGCUCUGGCACGAGGGAUCAGAAGUUCCAGAGGACAAGGAGCUGCUCACGUCGCAAGAUAAGAUCAUGCUGAGGCGUCGUCUAUUCGCCAUGAAGCGACACACUCUGCCGCCCAUUGUCACACAUAACAUGGUCAACGACUCCGAGGACCCCAUCCUGAACCAGAUCCGCCGCUGCCAGCUGUUCAAUCACCCCUCCGACCGUGUCAAGAUCGUCUUCCACCCCGAAUUCCUCAACGCCAACAACCCGGUCCUGCCUAUGGACUACGACGACUUUGUUCGGGGAACGCACAUGGGUGUGUUCUCCUCCUACUACGAACCCUGGGGUUACACGCCUGCUGAAUGUACGGUCAUGGGCGUGCCGAGCAUCACUACCAACUUGUCUGGCUUCGGCUGCUACAUGGAGGAGCUGAUCGAGAACGCCUCAGACUACGGCAUCUACAUCGUCGACCGCCGUAUGAAGGGCGUUGACGACUCUGUCAACCAGCUGGCAGACUACAUGUUUGAAUUCACAAAGAAGUCCAAGCGCCAGCGCAUCAACCAGCGCAACCGCACCGAGCGUCUGUCAGACCUGCUCGACUGGAAGCGCAUGGGCAUGGAGUAUGUCAAGGCACGCCAGCUUGCCCUAAGACGUGCAUACCCAGCCGCGUUCGAGGAGGGCGACGAGCCGGACUUCUUCUCGUCUGCUGAGCACAAGAUCUCGCGGCCGCUGAGCGAGCCGGGCAGUCCACGAGACCGGAGCGGUAUGAUGACGCCCGGAGAUUUUGCGAGCAUCCAAGAGGGACGGGAGGGCUUGAGCACGGAGGACUACAUUGCGUGGAAGUUGCCGGAGGAAGAAGACCCAGAGGAAUACCCAUUCCCGCUGACCCUUAAGCAAAAGAAGGUCGCUGCCGAUGCCGCCGCAACAGUCCCAACGACAAACGGGGCUUCCAAGUCAUAACGCUAGAUACAUGGCCAAGUAGGAUAGAGCUACAACAGAGGAUACAGUACGUUGGGGGGUCUAUUAAUUCUGCUCACCAUCUGAUACAUACAUAUAUGUUGUUGUUGAUGCAUUUGCGCUCCUUUUUUUUCUGGUCUGCCUCCUCCCCUGCUGAAGGCGGGAGGGGGUGUGUUGGGGGGAGAAGGUCAUCGGACGGGAACCUUGUGGCAUAGCCUGCGCUUCUUCUUCUUCAUGUUCUUCUAUCGUUGAAAGAUCUUU